AUGGCGGCCUCUUUCCAGGACAAGCUGGUUGUGAUCACCGGCGCAGCUUCCGGCAUCGGCCGCGAGACCGCCAAGAUUCUUGCCAGCCGCGGUGCGCUUCUCUCCCUCUCGGAUAUUACCGAGGACGGCCUGCAUACCUUGAAAGCUGAGAUCGAGGGGAUCACGGGAAACGUAGGUACUGCGCCAUUCACAUCCGUGGUUGAUGUCCGCUCCCAGGACGCGUGCCGCGACUGGAUUACCGCCACGGUCUCCCACUUUGGCGGGCGGCCGAUUGAUGGAGCGGCAAACCUUGCAGGCGUUGUGACCUUGCCCAAGGCGGCAGCAACCGACAGUAGAGUUGCCAGUGACGCGGAGAUCGACUUCAUUUUUGAUGUCAACGUCAAAGGCACCAUCAACUCGCUGCGUGCGGAGCUGCCGCACAUGCGCGAGGGCAGCCCGGGCGUCAAUGGUAGCGCGAUCGUCAACGCUGGCAGUCUCUCUGGUCUGAUGGGUCUGGGUGGUUACAUGCCAUAUGUAGCCAGCAAGCAUGCAGUCAUUGGAAUCACACGCACGGUAGCGAAGGAGGAGGGCCUUAGGGGGAUCCGAGUUAAUGCUAUCGCACCGUAA